GAGACCAGAUAUAGUGAAUGCAGGGUCUGGGGAGAGCGGAUAUAGUGAAUGCAGGGUCCAUGGAGACCAGAUAUAGUGAAUGCAGGGUCCGGGGAGAGCGGAUAUAGUGAAUGCAGGGGUCCGGGGAGAGCGGAUAUAGUGAAUGUAGGGUCCGGGGAGAGCGGAUAUAGUGAAAUGCGGGGUCCGGGGAGAGCGGAUAUAGUGAAUGCGGGGUCCGGGGAGAGCGGAAAUAGUGAAUGCGGGGUCCGGGGAGAGCGGAUAUAGUGAAUGCAGGGGUCCGGGGAGACCGGAUAUAGUGAAUGCAGGGUCCGGGGAGAGCGGAUAUAGUGAAUGCAGGGUCCGGGGAGACCGGAUAUAGUGAAUGCAGGGUCCGGGGAGAGCGGAUAUAGUGAAUGAAGGGUCCGGGGAGACCGGAUAUAGUGAAUGCAGGGUCCGGGGAGA